UCACCAAAACCUUCUCGAAGUUCAAGUCAGCGCGACAGCGAAGCGAUGUGCAGCGCUCGACUCAAGCACUCUUCUUUAUCCCCGUUCGAAGCGCGAAGAAUGCCCGAUUUGAUUCGGAUCUCGGAUUCGCGGAGGAAAUCGGCGAGCGGCUGCUCCGCUCCGGAGGAAAGUUAGGGUAAGAACCGAUAUCGGGCGGUGCACGAUCUCUUGUUGAUUGGAUUGUCGAGGCUAAUUUUAUGGGUGAAGCUGAUAACACGGAGAAGGCGAAAUUGGGUUUCUGCAAGAGUGUGAAAAAGAGGGCUUUGAAGGAUUUGUGUUGUUUUUAGAGGUUAAUGGGAAAGGGAGGAGGAUGCUUCCCGAGCAAGAAUCGGAACACUGUCUCUAGUUCUGUCAAGGCUUCCGCAAUUGAUCGUAAUGCCCCCAUUCAAGAGGAGGAGAAUACUGAGGGCAGUGCUGAGGUCGUUCAGCCUGCAUCUUCCACAGCAGCACCAAUCGAGAACAAGCUAAAGAUCUUCAUUGUGUUUUAUUCUAUGUACGGCCACGUCGAGUCACUUGCCAAGAAGAUGAAGGAGGGGGUGGAUAGCAUAGAAGGGGCGCAGGGUAUUCUUUAUCGUGUUGAAGAGACACUCCCGCAAGAGGUCUUGGAAAAGAUGCGAGCGCCACCGAAGGAUCCAGCGAUCCCCCUGAUAUCGGCUGCUGAGCUGACAGAGGCUGAUGGCAUACUAUUUGGAUUUCCAACGAGGUAUGGGUGCAUGGCAGCUCAGAUGAAAGCCUUUUUUGAUUCUACGGGGCAGCUAUGGAGGGAGCAAAAGCUAGCCGGCAAACCAGCUGGAUUCUUCGUGAGUACAGGGAGCCAAGGUGGAGGACAAGAAACUACAAUUUGGACUGCCAUAACUCAAUUAACCCACCAUGGGAUGCUCUUUGUUCCCAUUGGGUACACCUUUGGAUCUGGUAUGUUUGCCAUAGAUGAAAUCAGAGGUGGUUCUCCAUAUGGUGCUGGUGUUUAUGCUGGUGAUGGGUCUAGGCAAGCAAGUGAAGGGGAGCUUGCUCUUGCCCAGCACCAAGGCAAAUACAUGGCUUCUAUAGUCAAGAAACUGGCGCAUGCAUGAUGUAUUUCCCAUUUUCAAAUACCUAUUCUCUCUAUU